AUGUUACCAUUGUUUAUUGUGGCAUCUCUAACUGCAUUAUGUGCCAGUUCUUUCAUUGGCUUCUUCACUAAUUCAUUUAUUAUACUGAAUCAUAGCAAGGAUAUAAUGAGAGGAAAAAUGAUCAACCCAAGAGAACUUAUCUUUUCCAUACUUGGAUUGUUCAAUAUAUUUUAUCAGUGCACCCUUUUAGUCAAUGAUAUUGUUCUUUUCCUGUGGACUGACAUGUUCUUCUCAGACAAGGUCCAGUCAGCUUUAUGCUUUAUUCUUCUCUUCACAAUAUUCUCCAGUUUUUGGUUCACUGUAUGUCUUUGUGGAUUUUAUUAUGUUAAUAUUGUCUCAUUCAAAAAUCACUUCUUGUCACAGCUUAAACAGAGAAUUGCAGAUGUGGUCAACUAUAUGCUUAUACUGUCAGUCCUAAUCUCCUUGACCAUCAGCAUACCCGUACCAUGGAACAUUUCAAGAAAUAGCAACACUCAAGCAUCAACAAAUGUCACCAAUAUCUUCAGUUCCGUAAAUGAAAGACAAUCUCCAAUCAGCCCACAAUAUUUACUAACUGCCUCCAUGUUUGGUUGUUGCCUUCCACUUGUUCUUGUUGGUGUUGCCAAUGCCUUUGUAUUAAGAGCACUUUGUAUAAAUGUAAGACUUCUACAAAGGAACUCAAGUGGUAUAAGUAUCCAGACUAUAGAAGCUAGUAUAUCUGCUGUAAGAACUAUCACUUGUAUACUGUUAAUUUAUUUUUGUUUCUAUGUAGCAGUCAUCUCAUUGUUCCUCAAUAUUGUACUGUUAGGCAGUACAUGGUUUCCUUUAUGUGUGACGGUGAUAUACAGCUACUCUCCUGUACAGUCAAUUAUUCUCAUUCUUGGCAGUCCAAAACUCAGAAGUGCAUCUAUGAAACUUUUAAUUUUGAUAAAAGCUCAUUUGGGAAACCCAUCCAAUGUUGAAUUGUAG